AUGACGCAUUCGGCGGAUAUCGAGGAUAGAGGCUCUUCCGGCUCGCGGACACCACUCCUUGGAUGUUCCUCACACCAAAGAAUUGGAGAUGACGUUGAUUCCGACAAAAGGAGAUGGUCGGUACUGCGGGUGCUCAGAUUUCUUGGUGGCGGCAUUUACGCCCCGGAUUCGACUACGUAUGAUCCUAUUGAGAUUCUGCUGAAUACUGAGGACGAGAAUGAAAAGGAUGAUCUUACCACAAAGUGGAGAGACAACAGACUCAGCGAGCUGAGCUUUGUAGGCGUUGUGUCUGCUCUUCUGGCUGGAGUCCUCACGUCUACAGGAAGCUGGCCCUCCAUCUUGCCAAAUGGUGAACAGUCACCAUGGCCAGUGAGGACGUCCUGGUACUGCGGUAUCAUUCUUUCGCUCUUUAGUAUUCUCACAGCUGCCGAUCAAACUGUUCGACUACACCGUCUCUCAUCGCACCGUGAUGGACUUGCCAAAAUCCGCAAAAUUCUUCAGAAGACCAACGGUGAGAGAAGGCAUUCCUCGAAAACCGGUCGAAGGGCACCUAGCCAUCUGCAGAUCUUUACCUGGCAGAUGCCCGUCAUGUUUCUCACUUCUGCCACUCUUUGCAUGAUUGUCGGCAUGUUCCUGCAUGUGUGGUCGGCAACCACGCAUUUAGAUCAUCCGUACGUCUGGGAUGACAAUACCAAGGUUGCCGUCGCAUACAGCUCUGUCGCAAUAUUCUCUAUCAUACUCUUCUUUGUCGGCCAGAUUUCGCUCUUCACGCCAGGUCGAGAGUCGUAG